GUCCAAUUUAGCGGCCGCGUCUGAUACGCGAUAGGUUAGUUAGUUGCGUCAGCCUCGGGCCGCUGGAACUUUGCGACUGAGGCCUCUGGACCUCUACGACCAACCAUCUCCGCCCUCGUUCCUGCGCCAUCGCGUCCUCAUCAUGCGCAUAACGGAGGCUUCUGCUCUCCCGGCAUCGAAAUGAACCCCGCAACACCGUGCUACUAGCUCACAACAAUCGUCAUCGUCUCUCUUUUGUUUCUUUUUUCAAUCAACCAAGUCUCUUCUUCGACCAGUCGCACCCGUCGCCCGAUCGAUCCGAACUUCACCCGAACCCAACUCUACGCAUAAUCUCGACGCCUCCGAGCGGUACCAUACUUACGCGAAGGACAUCACGGAACCAAUACCGCGACGAUGGCCUACAUACUCUACUCCACCGUGUUCCUCUUCCUCGUCUCCAUCACAGUCCUGUACCUCACCCGGGACCGGUGGUCGCACCUCGUCUCCGAAAUCCGCCUCCCUGGCGGCGGGCACCUCUACGACCGUCUGCCGGGCUCUUUCUCGGGCGACAUCGAGGCCGGCCUGUCUUCCAGCAACUUUGACCUCGCCGGGAACGUGGCGGAUGGUGACAGCCGGGCGGGGCUGGACGACGCGGCGAAGCAGGAGAUCCUCAAGAUCAUGAAGAAGCGGAGGAUGAAGUUCGACCAGGCCAGGAAGGUCUACAUGGAGAACCGGUUUAAGGACAACGGAAUAGGGCCGGACGGGCGGCCGAAGGAUCCCAAGUUCGUCAGCUUCUCGUGAGGGGAUGGUGGUGGGCAGCGAUGGAUGGUUUAGCAGGUGGCCAGGGAGGCACGGCAGCGGUUCUGGUUCAAGCGUUCUGCUUUGUCGUAUCUCCUUUUGACCGAUAGCCUCUGCGACGGCGUUUGGUGGAUUGGUAUACCUGACUGGCUCAGCUCCUGUGGGCCAGCUUAUCAUUGUUUUGGACGCGGUUAUUUUUCAGCCAUUGGUUUCCGUUUUGGGAGACAGUAAUGCACAUUGUGCGAGGCAGACGCCGGAUUUCCUAUCUAUUAUCUUUCUUCUGUUGGCAUAUUUUUGGUCAACGCUCUAGCAAUCAAUGCGGUUGUCUUUUG